AUGACGAUUGGGCCAGGUGGCCCAUAUCAGAUCCAGAUACCACUACCUCCCAAGAUCGAUGCCUCUGUCACCAUGAUGCAAGUUGGGGAAAAGCCCGACGUUACCUACUCCGACGUCGGAGGCUGCACGGAGCAGAUAGAGAAGCUGCCUGAAAUGGUGGAGACGCCGCUUCUCUCUCUACAACGUUUUGUGAAGCUGGGUAUCGACCCUCCCAAAGGCGUCUUGCUUUUUGGACCGCCUAUAGGCCACAUGCAGGGGCCGUCGGCCGCCUACCCCAUUUGCCACCGGCAUUCAUGGGUAGGACAGAGGCCGCCCAGGAACGUCCUGGAGUAG